UUUACGAUUACACCACGUAAACAUCUCCACGUGCACGCUCAACAGGAGAGGAUUAAUUUUUAAUUGAACAACACAGAAUUGUGCUAAUCAUGUCAAGCUACGCGAAACUAUGCUCACCGCUUCCCGAACACUUGACUAAUGCUAUUGCGAUUUGCGAGAACAAAGACCAAUACAUUGUAAAUUUCUUGCAAAAAACAUUACCAUCGUCCGAUUGUAAAUCUAUUCCAGAAGAAAUGCGAAAGACUUUUAUAUUUGACAAGUUUAAAGUAAAGCACAAACCAAAAAUAAACAAUAGGGGCAAAUUCUUGUCUGUCAAAAAGAGACUGCGUCUCGGCUUGAGCCAAGUUGGCCACGGUAGCAAUAUGAAGUAUUCUGACGUUUUGCCCUUAAAUCAGUUAUGGUUAAAAUAUAUGAAAGAAAUGCUCGGUAACAAGCCAUUUACUAGUAUACCAAAAAAUUCCACCGACCCAAAUUGGGAGAAUAUUAAUCAACAGUUGGUAAAAGCUGAUUUUCAUGGUGCUAAAAUAUCGAUUAUCAGGUCAAGAUGUCCUUCAUUAACAGGACUUAAAGGAAUUGUUAUACAAGAUACCAAAAACACUUUUAGGAUCUGUGGGACAGAUAAUGUUAUUCGAACAAUACCAAAAGAUAUAGUUACAAUUCACAUUCAUCUGGAUAACGGUGUAAUAUUGAAAUCAUUUGGAAGACAGCUCUGUGUAAGACCUGUGGAGCGAAUGGUUAAAAAGUUUAAAAACACACGAAUAGUCCAAUUAUAAUAUUAUAAAAACCUGUGAUACAAUACAUUGAUAAUAAUGUUAAUAUUGGAUUUUAAUAUUAUCUCAGGAUGUAAUUUGAAAAAUAUAACUGCAUAAUGUAACGAUACACUUGUGUAAUAUAUCAGUGUAUGUGAAACUAACAAUGGUGAUUCCUUUAUACUUAAAUCAGUUUAGUUCCAUGUAGAUGUUAGAAUUAUUUAUUUCUGUGUAUUUUUCAUUAUUCUUUUAUAGAUUAUAUUAUUAUAGGAUAUUACAAUUACAAUAUUGGUAAUGUAUAUUUGCUACUUACAUAUUACAGUAUUUAGUCAUAUCAUUAUAUUUAUAUAUGUGUGUAUAUGUGUGUGUAUGUAUGUGUGUGUGGGUGAGUGUGCGCAUAAACUACUAAACAAUAAUUGAAUGUAUUUUAUCUUAGAAGUGUCUUUACCCAUACUCCAUUUAAAUCAAGAUGGCUAAACAUGACACUGAGAUACAGCGAUAAUUAUUCUCAAUUAGUACAGCGACUAUAUUUGUUAAUCAAUCUCUCUAUGAUUUCAUCAGUUAGAUUUAGAUCGGAGUGAAAUAAUAGCUGGACGUAUUACCGACUUUUCUUUCCCCUUAGGUGCAAUAUUUUCAAAUAAUAUAUACAGCUGGAUCUCUACAAGAUCAACUGUGAAGUACCAAACGAAAGCUUCACGCAAAUAGAGAAAACAAUGCAGAGUGAGAGAAACGAAAGCCACAUCCGCUCAAUUUGCUAUCAUGAAAUACGAAUCAUCAUUUCGGUCUAGUAUAGUAACAACACGACGCGUUCCCGUUGCGAUGUGAACUUUCGUUUUGUACUUUGGAAUAAAAAAGAACUACAUAUGUACUAUAAUCCGUCACAUGUCCAUUAUAUCUCGAGGAUGCGACACAAACCAAGUGAGAUUAUCACUUGAAAUAAGUAUACUACGCAGCAAGGUGGCACACACAUAUCUAGGAAUGUUAAAAGAUAAGAUAUUAAAAAAAAAAAUUAAUAUCUCCCUUCUCUCGGUGCUUCUUGCUAUACCUCAUAUACUGAUCCUGAUGCAUCGAUGUAGCACUUUAUACACGCAACAUAAAUACUUUAACAAAACACAAGUGUUCAACAACAUGACUUCGUCAUUUUCUAGAUAGAUAGUGCGAUCUCUACUUUAUCUUAAUGAAUAAU